UGGGUAUACGAGGUCUGUGAGGUUGUUUUUGUUGUUUGUUUGUUGUGUGCUUGUGGGCUUGUGAGGGAAGGGGAGGUGGGAUGUUGAGAUGGGAAGGGUGAGGUGAGAAGAGAUAGUGUACGGUUUACUGAUAUACGAGCUUGAUUUAGGGAGUCUAUGAGAGCGAUGAGGAGUGUCUCAAUUGAAACGGCAGAGGGCGAGAUGAUCACCUGGGCUUUCCUUGGUAAGUUCACUCCACGACACUCUACUUCCUUCCAACCAACUACUAACUAAAACACCACCAGGCCUAGACGGCUCCCUCAAAACUCUACAUGUCGAAGUAAUUUUCCCUUCCGCUUUCCCUUAUACCCCCUCAUCCCCCUUAAUCCUAACUCCCCAUACCCCAAAACAUCCAACUAACCCCCCCUCCCAAAAAACAAAACAGGAACAACACCGCUCCCAAGGCCUCGCCAAAUCCAUCGCCAUCAAACUUUUCCACGAUGCGAAGAACUGGUAUCCGGAGAUCUUUGGAGAAGUAAGAAAGAUAAGGGGUUUGAUUUCUAGAUCCCUGGUUUUGAGGUACAAGUAUUCUUAAGAGUAUGUAAUUUCGAAAACAUAAAUUAUAGUAUAUGGUUUUCUAUAUUUAUAGUGUAGUAACUUUUUGUAG